GCCUAGGCUAGGCUAGCACGACACUCAGACACAGUAGCGUCCUCUCAUUUUCUCUCUGUUAUAACGUCUCCUGUCCUUGAACAGAUAACUAAUAGCAACUUUGCUCUUUGCAUGUCUCAACGUCAUCCUUCGACGUGCUUGCGUCCGUGUCCAACUAUCCGUGCUGCUGCUGCAUGUCCAACCCUGGAUUACUAUCUAUAGCAAGAUGUUCAUUGGCGGCCUCAACUGGGAUACAACCGAUGAGUCCCUCAGGAACUACUUUUCGCAGUUCGGUAAAGUAGAUGCAUGCACAAUCAUGCGCGAUGCUGCCGGACGUUCGCGAUGUUUCGCCUUCUUAACGUUCGAGGAUCCUGCAAGUGUUAAUGCGGUUAUGGUUCGAGAGCAUUUCCUCGACGGUAAAAUCAUCGACCCAAAACGGGCAAUACCUCGUCAGGAGCACCAACGUGCUACGAAACUGUUUAUUGGAGGACUCCCUGGUAGCGUCACAUCAGAAUCGAUGCGGGACUUCUUUUCCCAGUUCGGCAAGGUUAUUGAUUCUACGGUCAUGCUCGACCGUGAGACUGGACGAAGCAAGGGCUUUGGGUUUGUAUCGUUUGAGGAUACGGAUGUAACACCAUUCCUUGGGUUUGGAAAAUUGGAGAUUGAUGGUAAACUUAUUGAUGUUAAAUUAGCACAACCUCGUUAUCAACGUGACCAUUUCAGUGAAGACACAAGGGCAAGUGGAUUCAGUGCACAAGGUGGUGGCGGUGGUUUCAGCGCCGGUGCUGGUACGGCCGGUGCUACGAAUGUGGCAGCUGGUAUGGGCACCGCGAUGACCGGUCCAUCUGCAGGCAACACUCCGUUUGACCCACAAGCACUCGCCGCGCUCUACACCAGAAUGUUCCAGCUUGCAGGUGGCGCUAGCAUGAUGGGUGGUAUGGGUAUGAAUCCUAUGAUGAGUGGUAUGAGUGGAGGUAAUUUUGGAGCAGGUUUCGGGGGAGGUAUGGGCGGAAUGGGACGGGGCAUGGGAGCCAUGGGUAUGAGCGGCGGUAUGGGUGGCAGUAUGGGAGCCGGAAUGGGUGGUGCGGGUGGGGUUGGUAUGGGUGGUGGCGGCGGCGGCGUGUCAGGUGGUGGAAUGGGCAGGGGUAGCCAAGGAGCCGCGCAGGGUGGUCCUCCAACUGGCCCGAACGGCCUAGGACCUAACGUUCCUCGGGGACCACGUGGAGCACAAGGAGGACCCGGAGGACCCGGUGGGCCUGGUGUUGGCCCACAGCGAGCUGCGCAACGUGGUCAGCACAGUUAUCACCCGUACGCCCGUUGAUGACUGGCUCAAAAACUUAAAACUCGUGCUUGGGUUCGUGUUGCGUCUCUCGUGGUAUGCCCAGGCGAUACUUUGCUAUUAGCUACUUGCAUCGAAGUGACGUUUGUGUAUGUACGAAGAAUUCACCCUUCUUGCCUCC